AUGGUUACUGCUGCGACAGUCACUACUCUAAGUAAGAAAGCGCAGAAGGCGCGGCGAGUCAGGAAGGCCGGCGAAGAAAGUUCACUCAGCAGCACGGACUCCGAGUCUGGGCGUCCAGUGACGAGAAGCCAAGGCGUACGGAAAGUGGCCGUUCCGGUGAACACACGAAAGAGAGAGGACAAGCGGCAAGCAGCCGGGCAAGCGGUGGAUCAGGCAGAAUCGAAGCCGGUGAAGAUCAAACGGAGAGCGUCGGCGAAUCAGCAGCGAUCGACCUCGAAGAAUAAGGAUGUCAAGGAACUCGGACGGGUCAUAGCCACCGAUGAGAAGGACUGCACGCGGAGCCGCGAAGCGGAAGCGAGUGGCGAAGAUGCAGCAGGAACGCAAAGUAAGGAUACGAUGGGUAUGGCAGCCACAAUGCAGCGACUGACGAGGGCCGUAGCCGAGCUACAAGCGUCAACCAAGGAAGUCCGUGGAGCUGACAAGGAAGGACAACAUGGGCGUGCACGUGGGAAGUAUCGUCGCCGUGUACAGAGAGUGCGUCGUGUGCCCAGUGAGGAUGGAGAGCCCGAUGAACAAAGCAAUGAUGAGGACCAACAUGGUGCGGAAUUAAUGGCCAGUACGGCCGUGAGUAGCGGCACUGCACCAAGCAACCACGUGGACAUGACAGCGAUGACGUCCGCCAUACAGACGUUGACGACCGUGGUCGCGAAGCUGCAGCCUGCUCCUUCGAGAACCCAGAGGUUCCAAGCUGGUCGCCGGGUAUUGCGACACAGUGGAUCACGUGCUGGUGAAGCGCGUCACAAUGGUGAUAGUGGAGACAGCGUAGCGGAGACGACAGUAGCAAACCAAGUGAAAGUCCGAGCGCCUCCAGUGAUGGGUCAGCCGAGUCUGAUGAGCAACGAGGGCGUCAGGAAAGCCGACGGCGACACGGAAGGCAUGGGCGACAUGUACGAGGAGAACGACGGAGGCGUCAAGUCCAACGGGAACGACAUGAAGACUGUGAAAGACAAUCCAGUCGCAGGAGCGUGA